AUGCCGAGCAAACGCAGAACAGAGUCCAGCGCUGGUUCUGCUUCAGCCUCUGGCAAGCCUUCCAAGAAGUUCAAGAAGACGGAGGAGUUGGAGCGUGGGGCAGACGAACUACUUCCUUCUUCAAAGACUCGUGCUAGUGCUGAUAAUCCUACUGGUAGAUUUCUCGGUGAACCAGUUGCCGAUCAGGAAGCAAGGCAACGCUGGCCCCAUCGGUACCAGGGGAAUGGAAAGAAAAAGAGGCAAUCUGUUGGAUCAAAUGCAAACAAUGAUGUUGACGAGGAGAUUAUUCAAGCUCGCCGACACUAUACACAAGCAGAAGUAGAUGAUUGUAUUGAUUACAAGCUUAAUGAUGAUGCUCAUGUGAAAGCUGAAGAUGGGAAGCUGAAUUAUAUUUGUAAGAUCGUUGAAAUGUUUGAAGCUGUUGAUGGUGCAUUGUACUUCACAGCACAAUGGUAUUAUAGGGCGGAAGACACUGUUAUCAAGAACCUUGGAUAUUUAAUUGAUCCAAAGCGAGUUUUCUUUUCAGAAAUUCGGGAUGAUAAUCCUCUUGAUUGUCUUGUUGAAAGGCUAAACAUUGCUAGAGUACCUCUAAAUAUGGAUUUGGAUGCCAAGAAGAAAUUAAUCCCACCCUGUGAUUAUUACUGUGAUACGCUGUAUCUUCUGCCAUACUCCACAUUCGUUAACCUGCCAUCAGAGAGUCGAGAAACUGCUAGUGAGACAUCAUCAACCAUAUCUUCUGAGGUGGACGUAAAAGGAAGAUCUGUGCAUAACUCUAUGCUUGAAGAAGUUUCUCAAGUUGAAGAACAUAAAGAACAAGAGGUCAAAUUACUAGAUUUAUACUCAGGUUGUGGUGCAAUGUCUACUGGUCUGUGUCACGGUGGAAUUUUGUCUGGUUUGAACCUUGUAACUAAAUGGGCUGUGGACCUGAACAGAUAUGCUUCUCAGUGUCUGGAAAUGAACCAUCCUGAAACAGAGGUUAGAAACGAAAUGGCUGAAAAUUUCCUAUCAUUAUUGAAGGAGUGGGAGAAACUAUGUAAUUAUUUUUCUUUGAUCAAAAGCAAUGUACCUCAUCAAUACGAUGAUCUCUUUAGCGCAGCAGAAGAAGAAGAUGAUGACGAUACCGACAGUGAAGAAGAUGAAAGUGAUGAAGAAGGUGAAGUAUUUGAAGUUUCAAAAGUGCUUGCCAUAUGCUAUGGCGAUCCAAAUAACAAAAAAGAGCAGGGUUUGCACUUGAAGGUCAGCUGGAAGGGUUAUGAUUCUGACGAAGACACUUGGGAGCCAAUUGAGGGUCUAAGUAAUUGCAAGAAAACUAUAAAGGAAUUUGUCAUUGAAGGCUUCAACAAGAAGAUCUUACCUUUACCAGGAGAUGCUGAUGUGAUUUGUGGCGGACCCCCAUGCCAAGGCAUUAGUGGUUUUAACCGCUUCCGGAACAAAGAAAGUCCUUUGAGCGAUGAAAAAAAUAAGCAACUUGUUGUAUUCAUGGACAUUGUAGAAUACUUGAAGCCUAAGUUUGUAUUGAUGGAAAACGUCGUCGAUCUCGUGAAGUUUUCUAAUGGAUUUCUUGGGAGGUAUGCAUUGGGUCGGUUGCUUCAGAUGAACUAUCAGAGUCGCAUGGGAAUCAUGGCCGCUGGCGCCUACGGUCUCCCCCAGUUUCGCCUUCGUGUUUUUCUUUGGGGGCCCCUGAGUCUUGAAAAGCUUCCUCAGUUUCCACUUCCAACUCAUGAUGUUGUAGUAAGAGGCGUCAUUCCUUUAGAGUUUGAGACAAGUCUUGUUGGUCAUGACGCGGGAGCAGAUGUCCAGUUGCAGAAAAAGCUUUUGUUACAAGAUGCAAUCUCUGAUCUACCUCCUGUUGAAAAUGAUGAAAGUCGUGAUGAGAUACCCUAUAGUAAACCUCCCCAGACAGAGUUUCAGCGGUUUAUUAGAUUAAACAGAAAUGAAAUGUUAGGCAUUCCAGAGAGUUCAAAAUCAAUAAAGAAGAUGAUAUAUGAUCAUCGUCCACUUGAAUUAAAUAACGACGAUUAUCAACGCGUGUGUCAGAUCCCCAGAAGAAAGGGUGCAAAUUUCAGGGACUUACCUGGUGUACGUGUGCGAUCAGAUAACAGGGUUGAAUGGGACCCUGAUGUAGAACGUGUAUAUUUAGAAUCAGGAAAGCCACUGGUGCCAGAUUAUGCCAUGUCCUUUAUUAAUGGUUCUUCAUCCAAACCAUUUGCAAGAUUGUGGUGGGAUGAAACCAUACCAACUGUUGUGACAAGAGCAGAGCCACAUAAUCAAGUAUGCUGA